AUGUCUGCUGAAGAGGAUCUCAUCGACUACUCCGACGAGGAGCUCGGCACCAACAACGAUGCCGCUCCCGCUGCCAACGGCAAGAAGGCUGACGCGGCUGCGGCCGGCGACAGCGUUGACAAGAAGGGUUCCUACGUCGGCAUUCACUCCACUGGUUUCCGCGACUUCCUGCUGAAGCCCGAACUCAUUCGUGCUAUCACCGACUGCGGUUUCGAGCAUCCAUCGGAGGUUCAGCAAACCUGUAUCCCUCAGGCCCUUCUCGGUGGUGACAUCAUCUGUCAGGCGAAGUCUGGUCUCGGUAAGACUGCUGUGUUCGUUCUCACGACCCUUCAGCAAGUCGAGCCCAUCGCUGGCGAGUGCUCGGUCCUGGUCAUGUGCCACACUCGUGAGCUGGCUUUCCAGAUCCGCAAUGAGUACAACCGUUUCUCCAAGUACAUGCCCGACAUCAAGACUGGAGUCUUCUAUGGUGGUACCCCUAUCCAGAAGGACGCCGAGAUCCUCAAGAACAAGGAUACUCAUCCUCACAUCAUUGUUGGAACUCCCGGUCGUCUUAACGCCCUUGUCCGUGACAAGUACCUGCGCCUCGGCAGCGUUCGAAUCUUCGUUCUCGAUGAGUGCGACAAGAUGCUUGACCAGAUCGAUAUGCGACGCGACGUCCAGGAGAUCUUCCGUGCGACUCCGCAGCAGAAGCAGGUCAUGAUGUUCAGUGCCACACUGUCUGAUGAGAUCAAGCCCAUCUGCCGCAAGUUCAUGCAGAACCCAACUGAGCACUACGUCGACGAAGACACCAAGUUGACUCUGCACGGUCUCCAGCAGUACUACAUCAACCUCGAGGAGCGCGAGAAGAACCGUAAAUUGAACGAGCUUCUCGACGAGCUUCAAUUCAACCAGGUCAUCAUCUUCGUCAAGAGCACUAUUCGUGCUACCGAGCUUGACAAGCUUCUCCGCGAGUGCAACUUCCCCUCGAUUGCGGUCCAUUCUGGCGUCAGCCAGGAGGAACGUAUUCGCCGAUACAAGGAGUUCAAGGAGUUCAACAAGCGAAUCUGCGUCGCUACCGACGUCUUCGGACGUGGUAUUGAUAUUGAGCGCAUCAACCUGGCUAUCAACUAUGACCUGCCUGCUGAUGCCGACUCCUAUCUUCACCGUGUCGGUCGUGCCGGUCGUUUCGGUACUAAGGGUCUUGCCAUCUCCUUUGUCAGCACCGAUCAGGACAAGGAGGUGCUCAAGGCUAUUGAGAAGCGUUUCGAAGUCGCUCUUCCGGAGUUUCCCCAGGAAGGCAUUGACUCAAGCACUUACAUGCAGGUUCAGUAG